UGGGUGGAUAGCGUUCUAAGGAUAAAGCAGUUUGGUGAGUUUGCCACUCAGAAACUCAGUCAUGGCUUCAAUCCCAUGCACUACCCAUUUACUCUUCACAUCAAAACCCCAAAUUUCUCCUUCAAAUCCACCCAUUUUUACUUCUCAGUUUCUGGGUAUCCCAAGAAAACUGUCAUGGUCCACACCCACCAGACUUGGACCCAGCAAUGGCUCCAGAGCCACAUGCUGGUUCAGGUUUGGUAACAGGGGUGUUGAUGCUGAAGGAGCUGGGAUCUAUGGAAGCCAAACAAGGGAUGAUUUUGACAGAGAUGAUGUUGAACAGUACUUCAACUACAUGGGGAUGCUUGCUGUUGAGGGUACGUAUGAUAAGAUGGAGGCUCUUCUAAGCCAAAACAUCCAUCCGGUAGACAUCUUAUUGAUGAUGGCUGCCUCAGAAGGUGACCAGCCCAAAAUUGAAGAGCUUUUGAGGGCUGGAGCCAGUUACACUGUCAAGGAUGCAGAUGGGCGGACUGCACUUGAAAGAGCUGCCAACGAUGAAAUCAAAGACUUAAUCCUCAACUUUUCUACUCAAAAGGCUUGAUCUAGAGAUUUGUUUGUAGAAUUAAACAUUCUCACUUAUUGUUAUGACUUCAGUUUUGAAUUAUUUUUUCCCCUAAAUUUAUGCUUCAUGAUACUAAGAAUGCUUAAAAGACCACAAUCAGACUGUAUUAUGAUGCCA